AUGGGAAGUGGAGCCUCACGAGCAGCAGUACAUGGGCCAUGGGGAACUCGUACGAAUGGUGCCGGUGAUUUUAGUCUUGUUUCCUGUUCCGCAGAAGGUCCUCCCCGUCGUGUGAGUAUGGAGGGAGCAUCGUAUAGCAAAAAUCAAAGCCAAUCCUAUAAACCGCUUGCCUCAUCAUUAAUAUGUGCCAAUGAUGAUUGGGAUACAACCUUGCAGUUAACUACAGCUAUUUCUCCUAAAGUAGUUCUGGGAACAGAAUAUGAUAACCCUUAUUCAAAGGAUGAAUAUCUUCACGGAUACGUCUAUUAUAAUAGUGAUAGUAGUAGUAGUGAAUCCCUGAUUCCUGUAAAGAUUCAUAAUUAUCAGGGAAGAGGUGGAGGUCGAUUUAAACACGGUUAUCCAUCUCAGUUAAGUGGAGGUGAGGAUAUUAUUCCUUUACUAAUUCCUGUGAAUGAUGGGGAAAUAGCUUGUUGUUAUAGGAUUGUAAGCCUAGAUGGACGCACUUGGAGAUUUUACAAUGAUACUGUUUUUUAUGAAUUAGAAGUAUUAUGCAUUUUUAGUGAGGAAUCCCGAAUUGAAGUAAUGGGCUUUACAACAUUACGAGAACGAUCUGAUGGAAGUUUAGAAGCUCAUCUCGUCGUUCAUCCAGGUGAUACACAAAAUUUCAUACAAGGAACAGUAAAAAUGUUUGAACAUGAUGUUAAACUACGUCCAGUCAGUCGUGCAUUUAUGGAAGCUUCUAUCCGUGCCUGUGAACCAUUUCUUAAAGAAGAAAAAGAAAGAAUUUAUGCUCUUCUUUCAUCAAAAGGUAUUAAACGUGGUUCAAACAGCACAUGGCAUACCACUAGUGAGGAUGUACUUCGUUGGUGUGUAGAGAAACAAAUUCCAUUCAUGGAUACAGAGUUUCCACCAAAUAUCUCUUCUCUUCUUGGUAGUCAUGCGGAUCCAGAGAAGGCCCCAUUCCGCUGUGGUUGGUGUAAACCCGAACACUAUCUCCCCGCCUAUCUCACCCCCCCACCGCAGUCCCCAUCUAUUCUCACCGUCAUCACGGCAUCAUCGUAUGUUUUGCAUAAUGCCCCGCGACCGCGAUCGGUGGGCGUGAGUGCCGUUGGCGGCCGGCCGCUGAUGUGUGCGCUCGCCGCCCUCGCCGAGGAGCCCGCGGAUGUCGCGCGACUCUUCCGACACCCCGGCGGCCCAUCCGCGGCCGGCGAUGAACACCACUGCGGGGCCACUCGAGUCACACUCUGCCGAAAUGGCUGGUGGACGCCUGUUGUUGUGGAUCACUACUUCCCCGUGUUGGAUAUGCGGCUGGCGGGGGGGAAGUGUGUGGGGGAUCCAGCAGAGUUGUGGGUUGGAUUGGUGGAAAAGGCAUGUGCGAAACUCUGUGGGGGAUAUGGUUGUUUGUCGAAACUAGAUACCCUUGUUGCAUUAGGCAUGCUUACAGGAUAUCCUACAAACCGCCUGGAUGCUGGUUUAGUAGACACGAAACGUCAUCAUGAGGAACUCUUUGAUAAACUAAGACGUUAUGCGGAAUUGGGAUUUAUGAUUAUCUUUGAUAAACCAAGCCCUGCAUUAGGUAAUAAAAGCUACCAACGACUUGGAUUAUCGUCAAAGGAUGCUUGUACUGUUUUAGAUAUGAAAUUAUUUAAACCACUCCCUACCAAUAAAUCUUCACCCUAUGAAAAUAUUUGGCGUCUUGUGAAACUUAGAAAUAUUUUUGGUAACUCUGCGGAUUGGACGGGAAAUUGGGGAUCACGUGAUCCUGCAUGGACACAACAUCCAGCCAUAGCUCUUGCAUGUGGUUAUAAUGAAAAAGCCAAAGAUGAUAGUUCCAUUUGGAUGGAGUGGAAUGAUGUAGUCCAUUACUUUCGUGGAUGUGGUGUUUGCUUUCGACAUAGUUCCUUCUAUCAAUAUCGUGUGGAACACCAUUUUGAAAAAGGAGGUAUUCCUGGAUGUGUAAUCAAGUUGGAAGUACCCUGUCGUACUUUUUUACUGACUGUAUUAGAUCAGAUAGUACGAGGAGGGGAUUACCCAGAGCCCAUCGUCCUGCAUCUCUCACGUCAUUGCGUGAAAAGAAAUAGUUUACAACACCACACGGAGGAUCAUCUUCAUAAUCAUCAACAAGUGAAUAAUGGAAACAGUGAAAAGUCUAAAAAGAAAUCGUCACAAAAACAAAAUGGGAAAUUGCAAGAAGUCGUUUUAAGUUCUACAGAAGACUGUGAUGCUCCUAGUAGAUGUGCGGUGACCUUCCAUGCAUUUCCGCAAGUUAGUUUUAUUGCUGAUUUACUACCGGAGUAUAAUCCAUAUUAUAUUAUUCCACGUAGUGCCUCUGGAGAGGGAUCCUAUGUUUUGAGUUUCUUUACAAGUCUCCCCUGUACAUCAGACGGGAGUAAACAAGGAGGUAGUACAUCCACAAAGAGUGUAUCUUCCUCUAAUAAUACAGAAAAUGGUGUCCGUGCCAGAUUUGUACGUUUCUCAUCCAAGACAGGAAUUUUUCAUAAUAAUAUGAAGUUUGAAAUUGCCUCGGAAACGUCUGUUAAGUGUCGUUAUCAAGUUUCAUCCCCAUCGGAUUCGCCUUUUGCUUUUCCCGGGACUUUUGUGGGUAAGUCUGUGAAGUAA